AUGUCUAGAGCUGCAUUUCCCCCAGUUUUAUUACGUCUUUCUAUCAUAAGGCAUAUUGGACACACCUUGCAUCCAGUACUCUUUGCUCGAAAACUUACAUGCCCUACUACCUACUCGGUACCCAUUCAUACGGAUACGCAAAAAACCUUGACAGAUGUCCCUGAGCACAAAACAGCAGAAAUGGCAUCCGUAGGAACUAGAAUUGUCGGCAAAUUUGGCAGUCGAUACGUUAUUGAACGGCUUCUGCAGGAAAAGAAAACCCUAGAUAUUCGCAUUUACCUGGCAAACAAUGGAACGGAGAAGUUCAUAAUAAAACAUGUCCACGAUUUCGAUUACUACCACGAUAUCUACCGUCGCAUCUCUAGCUCUCCUUGUCUCCGCUUGUUGCAUGAUACUGUGCCAGACCAGUCAAUAUUCGUCUACGAAUACCUUACCGACCAUCUUCUCAAUAUGGCGAAAAAAGAUAUACCUAUCAUGGUCACAAAACGAAUCCUUAGAGAUGCUUUAUGUGGACUCAAAGGGCUACAUGAUCACAAUAUCGUCCAUACAGGUAGAGGUCUUGAUAAUUUAUAUUUGCUAUGUUCCGUCUUGGAACCCAUUACUCAUAUUAGUGCUAUAGACAUCAAGGCGAACAACAUCCUGAUUGACUGGAAAGAAGAGAAUGGGGAACUAACCAUCAAGCGGGUACAACUGGCUGAUAUCGAGGAUAGCGCAAUUAUACCCCCUAAUUGUGAUAUCCUCGGGAAGGCUGUAGGAAACUGGAUGUGGCGCAGCCCAGAAGCCCAUGUAGAGGCCCGUGUGAAUAAGCCCUCCGACAUAUUCUCCUUUGGAAUUGUGGUGAGUAAUUUCAUUAUCCCUAUCUAUCUAAAGUCGUUGGUAUAA